AUGAUCCUGGAUAGCAUUGGUUGCGGUAGGGAACAAUGCACGAGUGGAGGAGAAGAAUGGGGGAUUCACCAUAAUAGAAAGACGCAUACGCAAGAGUCGCUUUUUAAUCCAACUGCCCACGACGCAUUGACACAAUUGUGCUUGCGCAUACACAAACUCACCCUCGCCAGGAUGGUAAGCAUGGCGCCAGACAGCGAUCUAGUAGUUAAGGCUUCGAACGACAAGGAGCAGCGGCGCGGCUCGGGGAAGUUUUAG